ACAAAAGUAUCUAAGCUAAUACAAAUAUAGAUGUGUGUAUGUGAAUGCGUGUAUGUGUUGUGUGUGUGUGUGUGUGUGUAAUUGUAACAUGAAAAAAUUUUUUCUUAUACUUUGAUUAAAAAGAUUUAAUUUUACAAAAAAAAAAGGAAUCUGGGUGGUUUCGUUGAUGAGUCUAGCAAAGUCGUCACGUUAUUUUACAUUUGAAUAACAGAACGCCACUCCUUUUGUUACCUUCAACUUGUUGGAUGACAGUGAAUCGUCUGUUUUUUUCAUCAUAAUGUCUGCAAUAUUUAAUUUCCAGAGUCUGGUAUGCGUCUUACUUCUGUUAAUAUGUACCUGUACUUACAUCAGAUCUAUCGCUCCAAGUUUGUUAGAUAAUCGUUUAGGAAAAGUUGGGUUCCUUGGUUUAUUUUGGAAAUCUGCACGAAUUGGAGAAAGGAAAAGUCCUUAUGUGGCAUUAAGUUGUCUUUUCAUGGCAUUUAGUAUAUUAUUUUGGACAUAGAAUAGCAACUUUUUCAAGGAACUUCUAUAGAUUUGUACAAAGAUAUAUUGGGAUGAGAUAUGGAAAUGUUUGUAACAUUUAAUAACGUGUGAAUGAUAUAAUAGAAACAAUGAAUGUAUGACAGACACGUAUGUUUAAUAUUUCUUUGAUGAUGAAACAAAUAUGAAAACAAAAAAAAAAAAAAAAAAAAAAAA